AUAUAAAUAUCAAAUGUACUUUGCCAAUUAACUCAUUAAAUUGAGUAAAAUACAAUCACUUCAAUUCACAUUAGUGAUUAGUUUGAAUUUCGAUUGGUUGACAAACAUCAAAAAUGGUCUCAAAAGUUUUAAUUGUCACUUUACUUUGCCUGGGAAGCGCUCUAGUUAAUUGUGCUGCCAAAAGUUCAAAUUAUGAGGUUGAAGAUGCUUCUUUCCUCGAAGAAGCUGCGAGUAAAUACAGUCCUGAGUUGGUCAAAUCGCUUCUCUUGAAUCGAAUCGAACACAAAAUUGGACAAAUCAAAGUCGUAAGUGAAUCAGUUGGAAUCAAUGAGAAACAAGAGAAUCUUUGUAAAGUGAUGACCAAAAGCUUCGAAGUUCUUAAGUCUGAUAUCGAGUUGAUGGACGAAACCCAAGUUAUCUGUGGUGACGAUACUUAUGAAAGAACAAUCAAAAGUUUCAUAAGCCAGUUCGCCAUUUUGACCGAAACAUUCAAUCAUGAAUACGAUUACCUGAGAGUUCCUGACAUCACCAACAACACUUCAUCAGCGAUCAUUGAAGGUAUAAAAAGCUCCAAACUCCCACUAGUUAGUGUUGUCUCAAAAUUAACUGACGGUGUUGGGACCUUCAGAGACGACAUAAAAAAUUUCACGAAGUCCGAAAAUGGACAGAUCCGAAUUCUUGCGAAUUCCGUUGAUCAUCAACUUGCCACAGUUCUUGUUGAUAUAAAGGUCGUCACUUAUGAAGCACAAGCGACUCCGAUCGUUGAAAGAUACGGAGAAAUAGUGUCAAUGUUUUAUAGACAAUUACAAAUUAUCACUACUCCACCAGAAAUUCCCACUACUCCAUUGCCAGUUGAUAUUACAACUCAACUUUCUGUUGAAUGAAAUUUUCCAUUCAUCUUCUAACUUUAGAAUAAAAAAUAAAAUUUUGCAUCAAAAAUUA